CUAUCUAGUGUGUGUGCGCGGUGGAGGUGAUUUAUAUAUGAUAUAGAAUAAUACUCCAGAAUACAUUGAUUUUAGGUUAGCCAUCCAGGUAAUUUAAUUAUGCCCAGCAAAAAGAAGAAAUACAACGCCAGAUUCCCUCCGGCGAGGAUUAAGAAGAUUAUGCAGACAGAUGAAGAAAUAGGCAAAGUGGCUGCAGCAGUACCUGUUAUUAUUUGUAUCCUUCCUGCCAAAUAUCUUCACUGCAAGUUCCAAGGUUGCGAUCAUCUGACACAGACCUGCUGCAUAAUAAUUUCCUUUACCGAGACAUCAGCGAGAGCCCUGGAGCUUUUUUUGGAAUCAUUGCUUACAAAGGCCUGUCAAGUCACCCAGUCUAGGAAUGCAAAGACAAUGACAACAUCACAUCUAAAGCAGUGUAUUGAGCUGGAGCAACAGUUUGAUUUCUUAAAAGACCUGGUGGCAACAGUGCCGGACAUGCAGGGCGAGGGGGAAGAGAACCACACCGAGGUGGGAGCAGAAAAAGUCCCACGCAGGGGUCGAAAACCAGGGUCUGGCCGCAAGAAUGGAGGGGCUGGCACCAAAGGCAAGGACAAGAAGUUGUCCGGCACAGAGUCAGAGCAAGAGGAUGACUCUGAAGACAGCGAGACAGAUGGAGAUGAGGAAGACGGCUCUCAGUCAAGCACAAAUCUGCAGGCUGCAUCCAGGUUCCACAGCUCAAAUGCACCCCCCCAGUACAUGCACAUGGGCAAUAUGGUGUCAAUGGGUGGCAUGGCUCCCGCACAGCCCCAGAGCGGCAUGGCCUUUGCCCCCCACCCCUCCAUGAUGAACGUCGCACUACCUCCCCCAGCCCCUGCGCCACACAAAAACGAGGAUGACGACGACGAAGACUAUGACUCUUAGCUCCCUUUUCCCUCCUCCUCCUCCUCCUCCUCCUCCUCCACCACCACUCACCACACACACUCUUUCAACAUUAUUUUUGAUUUCUUAAGUUGUUCUUGCGGUGGUCGCUCUAAGCAGAGGAGGGAAAGACUCUUCAUCGCAGUCCCCUGACAGAAAAGCCCUCGGCAGCCGGCUGUAAGGAACACCGCAACAGGAGACAGAAAACUGGUUGUAUAUUAUGUGUUUUUAAAAAAAAAAACGAAAAAAUUUUUUUUUUUUUUUUUUUUUUUUUUAAAUUUAAGUUUUAUUGUUGAGGAGAAUCCAACGAGGAUGUUUUUUAACAAGUCAGUCGUUCUAUUUUGACUAUUAAAAAUGGCAGUCGUCGCUGUUGCCAUGAGCCCUCGCAGACAGGAUAGGUGUGGUUUGUGUUGCCUGGUAGCUUUUUCUUUUGGCACUUUUCUUUCUUCCUCAAUCCUCUGUAGUUGACAUUAUGAAGUGAACAAAUCAGUCAUUCAAACCCUCAGGUUGGCUGAAAAACAUCUAUAAGUGGUAGUUAAAGUCUUAUAUAGCCUUUGAUGCUCAAACUAAAUUGAGAUUAGUUCAGGGCAACAGUUUGUAAAAGUAUUUGGAAGGAGAGCAGCACUUGUCGAAAGAAAAGGAAGGAAAAGGAGGUCAUUGUCUCACCCAUGAAGUGUUAUAUUACUAUGUUAUCGAUUGGCUCUGAAAUACUGCUGUUAAGAUGUGAGCCCUACUUCCCGGCUUUGUCACAACUUGCUAGUCAGUCCAAUUGUCAGGCUGUAACAUAAACAAGGAAGCAGGUGUAUUUUUACUAUAGGUUAGCUAGCUACAGCUUUUUUGAAUUAGUUUCUAUUUUUAAUUCACGUUUUUAUCAAGAGAACUGUAAACCUCCACAACCACAGCCCUGAAGUGAACCAUAUCAGCAGGUUAAUGAUGAUUGAUUGAUGAUUGGAAGUUUGAUCGAUGUUGUUUUUGACGCUGUCAGAGCCUCUGGCGGUUAUAUUAUUUUAUACAACCAUUAAAUUCCCCUGAAUUGUCCAUCAGAAGUAUAUUGUGACCCUUGGUCCAUAACUUUGUUUUUAAAGUUGUUUGUCUCCUUUGUCAUCUCUAAUUUCUAUUCUGGCCACCCCUCCAAUUUUGAGUAACUUUCGCCUAUAUCUUCAACAUUUUUUCCCCUCUUUUAGCUUGUUUUAAAUGUAUCCAUUGAAAGCAGAGAUGGGGCUCCCAUUCAUGUGUCAGUCUCAGUAUGAAAUGUUUCCGAAUAGACAGUUGAAGUUGACACUGUAUUGUAAACUUUUAACAUUCUUUUUAUUUUGUAUGGGUGAAAUAAAGUUAAUAUUUCAAUUAAAAAAGCAA